AUGUCCAAGCCAUUCCAGCCAAUCAGUGAGGUCCUCAAAGAUAAACACAAGGAGCAGUCGUUCGACGACAUCUACGGCGAACCUGAGAACUUCCUUGAAGUCGAAGUUCGUAAUCCACAGACACACUACAGCAAGGACCCCUACACCGACUACGAGAUAGUGUGCCGAACAAACAUUCCAGCGUUCAAAAAGAGACAAUCUAGGGUUCGUAGACGGUACAGUGACUUUGUCGCUUUCCGGAAGAUUCUCGACCUGGAAACGCUGAGAGUAGUUAUCCCACCUUUGCCUGGUAAGAUUCUUCUCAGCCUGAAUCGUUUCAACGACGUCAAUAUAGAGAACAGAAGGCAAGGCCUCGAGAAGUUCUUGAGGGUUGUCAGUGGGCACCCUAUACUUCAAACCAAGUCUACAACCCUACGUGACUUCAUGCAAAACGACCGCUGGGAGCCACGGUACCCUCUCGAGCCACGUGAGCUUCUUUCGUAA